AUGGAACUAAUGAACUUUGAUUUGAACUUGGUUUUUGUUCCUCAAAGUAUGAAUGAAUUUCUUGGGGAAGUUGCAAGAGCCAGGGGGAGAUCUCAGAGGUUAUUCAUGCUUGGUGAUUAUUGUAAAAGAUUAGAAGAUGAGGUCAAGAAGAUCGAAGGUUUUGAACGUGAGCUUCCUCUCAGCAUACUUAUCUUAAAGGAUGCUGUUGAGAGGAUGAAGAAGGAGUUAAUGCAGUGCUCAAAAUCGCAUCAACGGCCCAAGACUAAAAAAAUCAUGGACUUUAAGGAAGAAGAAGAAGAAGAAGAUCUGUCUGCUGUGGAGAACCCAACAAAGGUUGGUGAUGAUGACAGGAAGAGAGAGGCGGCUUUUGAGGAAGAAUUUGAUAGAGAAGUUGCAGUUGAAAAAGGAAAGGAGGUUUCGCUACUUCUUGCCACACCUCAGCGCAAAGUUAGUCGAGUAAAGUUUGUGUAUAAGGCAGAACAACUGCAACUUGUUCCCAAGAAAGCAAGGAGGAGCUGGUCACCUGAACUUCACAGGCUCUUUCUGGAUGCACUUGAACAUCUUGGAGGGUGGCAAGCAGCCACUCCUAAGAAAAUAAAAGAAUACAUGAAAGUUGAAGGGCUCACGUCUGAUGAAAUAAAAAGCCAUCUGCAAAAAUACAGACUUCACGUCAGAAAUUCUACAGUCACUGAAGCAAAUGAAAUAUCGAUGGCUCAUGAAAAGGUACCAAACCUGAGCGUCUUCAGGGCUGGUUCUCCACAUUGCCUUGCCCUUGGAAGAAGGGCCGAAGCUCAUCGGCAAGGCUAAUGCAAGCAAAUUAUAUAAGCUUAUUUAUAUAAAUUGAGAUGAUAACUUGAAAUUAGAUUAUAUAAUCGUUCACUUUUUUUU